AUGAAAGGAGAUUACUACCGCUACUUAGCCGAGGUGGCUGUUGGCGAGGAGAAGGCCGGUAAGCCCUGUGAUAAGUCCCCUUUUGUGCUAGCCAACCAGGUGUGUGUGUGUGUGUGUGUGUGUGUGUGUGUGUGUGUUUUGGAACAUGUAGUCAGGUGUGUAACCACACCACUAGAGGUAGACGGGACCAGGACCGGAUCCUGUUAACUAGGCAGGACCGGAUCCUGUUAACUAGGCAGGACUGGAUCCUGUUAACUAGGCAGGACCGGAUCCUGUUAACUAGGCGGGACCGGAUCCUGUUAACUAGGCGGGACCGGAUCCUGUUAACUAGGCAGGACCGGAUCCUGUUAACUAGGCAGGACCGGAUCCUGUUAACUAGGAAGGACCGGAUCCUGUUAACUAGGCAGGACCGGAUCCUGUUAACUAGGCAGGACCGGAUCUGUUAACUAGGCAGGACCGGAUCCUGUUAACUAGGCAGGACCGGAUCCUGUUAACUAGGCAGGACCGGAUCCUGUUAACUAGGCAGGACCGGAUCCUGUUAACUAGGCAGGACCGGAUCCUGUUAACUAGGCAGGACCGGAUCCUGUUAACCAGGCAGGACCGGAUCCUGUUAACCAGGCAGGACCGGAUCCUGUUAACCAGGCAGGACCGGAUCCUGUUAACUAGGCAGGACCGGAUUCCUGUUAACUAGGCAGGACCGGAUCCUGUUAACUAGGCAGGACGUCCGUAAGCAGGACCGGAUCCUGUUAACCAGGCAGGACCGGAUCCUGUUAACCAGGCAGGACCGGAUCCUGCUACCCAGGCAGGACCGGAUCCUGUUAACUAGGCAGGACCGGAUCCUGUUAACUAGGCAGGACCGGAUCCUGUUAACUAGGCAGGACCGGAUCCUGUUAACUAGGCAGGACCGGAUCCUGUUAACCAGGCAGGACCGGAUCCUGUUAACCAGGCAGGACCGGAUCCUGUUAACUAGGCAGGACCGGAUCCUGUUAACUAGGCAGGACCGGAUCCUGUUAACUAGGCAGGACCGGAUCCUGUUAACCAGGCACUACAGCAGGGGUUCCUAAACUUUUUUGGCCUGCAACCCCAUUUUGAUAUCAACCUUUUUUUGCGACCCCGCCAUCUAAAAAAACAAGUAGCGUAAUGGACAGCCAAUGUCUACUAUUUUAUUUGGGUCUAUGACAGUCGGUUACAAAUCAGUCUGACCAUACUUUAGACCGUUUCAGUCUGAAGGAAGAAUGGUUUGAAGUGACUGAAAUAAUUUAGUAUGAUCUUCUGUCUAGAAAAUAACAAUCAUUGUUCUUUUUCCCCCCAGUCUUAUUUAGUGCCUGGUCCUGUCCUGUGGGCAUGGUAGAGGGAAACAUUCUGGCCUGGUCCUGUCCUGUGGGCAUUGUAGAGGGAAACAUUCUGGCCUGGUCCUGUCCUGUGGGCAUUGUAGAGGGAAACAUUCUGGCCUGGUCCUGUCCUGUGGGCAUUGUAGAGGGAAACAUUCUGGCCUGGUCCUGUCCUGUGGGCAUUGUAGAGGGAAACAUUCUGGCCUGGUCCUGUCCUGUGGGCAUUGUAGAGGGAAACAUUCUGGCCUGGUCCUGUCCUGUGGGCAUUGUAGAGGGAAACAUUCUGGCCUGGUCCUGUCCUGUGGGCAUUGUAGAGGGAAACAUUCUGGCCUGGUCCUGUCCUGUGGGCAUUGUAGAGGGAAACAUUCUGGCCUGGUCCUGUCCUGUGGGCAUUGUAGAGGGAAACAUUCUGGCCUGGUCCUGUCCUGUGGGCAUUGUAGAGGGAAACAUUCUGGCCUGGUCCUGUCCUGUGGGCAUUGUAGAGGGAAACAUUCUGGCCUGGUCCUGUCCUGUGGGCAUUGUAGAGGGAAACAUUCUGAGAGUCUUAUCUUUCAGUGAUGGGUCAUAAUAUUUUCUAGCUUAAACCGUUCAAAAGAUGGAGCCAAAUUUGUAGGAAGAAAACAGAAGCAUAAACUCUGUUUAUUACAACCGCAGCUAGCAGCUAGCGGAGGUUACUGACAUAACCAUGGUUCUAUGGACCAAGGCCAUUUGUUUCUAUCGCGAUCUCAUUUUUAAAUCACAGCUAGCGGAGUGCUUCAGAGGGCUGGUAACAGCUAGCGGUGUGGUUCAGAGGGCUGGUGUCAGCUAGCGGAGUGGUUCAGAGGGCUGGUAACAGCUAGCGGUGUGGUUCAGAGGGCUGGUAACAGCUAGUGGUGUGGUUCAGAGGGCUGGUAACAGCUAGUGGAGUGCUUCAGAGGGCUGGUAACAGCUAGCGGUGUGGUUCAGAGGGCUGGUGUCAGCUAGCGGAGUGGUUCAGAGGGCUGGUAACAGCUAGCGGUGUGGUUCAGAGGGCUGGUAACAGCUAGCGGUGUGGUUCAGAGGGCUGGUAACAGCUAGCGGAGUGGUUCAGAGGGCUGGUAACAGCUAGCGGAGUGGUUCAGAGGGCUGGUAACAGCUAGCGGUGUGGUUCAGAGGGCUGGUAACAGCUAGCGGAGUGGUUCAGAGGGCUGGUAACAGCUAGCGGAGUGGUUCAGAGGGCUGGUAACAGCUAGCGGUGUGGUUCUGUUACCCCUGCCUCACACUGUGAUAUGGCUCCAGAAAACACAUGAAAUGACAGUGGAAGCUUGUCUGCUGGAUCUGCGGAUGUCUUAAUUGAUGUAAUCCAAAAGAUGCCAUAAACUUCUUCACCACAGUAUAAAGAGUAGCCAAGUCUACACAGGAUUGAGUUGAGGAGGAGCAUGGGGGUUGUUGGUGUAUACAGGAAGUCUGUCUGGAGGCGCAGUGGUCUAAGGCACUGCAUCGCAGUGCUAGCUGUGCCACUAGAGAUCCUGGUUCGAAUCCAGGCUCUGUCGUAGCCUGCCGCGACCGGGAGACCCAUGGGGGCGGCGCACAAUUGGCCCAGCGUCGUCCAGGGUAGGGGAGGGAACGGCCGGCAGGGAUUUGGCUCAGUUGGUAGAGCAUGGCGUUUGCAACGCCAAGGUUGUGGGUUCGUUUCCCACGGGGGGCCAGUAUAAAAAAAUAAAAUAAUAAUGUAUGCACUCACUAACUGUAAGUCGCUCUGGAUAAGAGCGUCUGCUAAAUGACUAACAUGUAAAUGGAGACCUGUACUGUAGUAGGGCUGGGCAGUAGACCAUCUUUUAUUUUAUACCAAUAUUGAUGCAUGGACCGGUUUGGGUUAUUACUUUACCUUCUAGAACGCUAUUUCAAUGUUUGGUUUGUUAAAUGUGAUCUGCAUCUCCAGCGCGUGUAAUGUCCGUUUUUAUAGUUUACUCUGUUUGCUACUGGAGUAAUCUUUCUCCCUCCCCUCCUGGUGCAUGCUGCUAACCACACCAAGCCCUGCCCCCUGACACACCAAGCCCUGCCCCCUGACACACCAAGCCCUGCCCCCUGACACACCAAGCCCUGCCCCCUGACACACCAAGCCCUGCCCCCUGACACACCAAGCCCUGCCCCCUGACACACCAAGCCCUGCCCCCUGUCACACCAAGCCCUGCCCCCUGACACACCAAGCCCUGCCCCCUGACACACCAAGCCCUGCCCCCUGACACACCAAGCCCUGCCCCCUGACACACCAAGCCCUGCCCCCUGUCACACCAAGCCCUGCCCCCUGACACACCAAGCCCUGCCCCCUGACACACCAAGCCCUGCCCCCUGACACACCAAGCCCUGCCCCCUGACACACCAAGCCCUGCCCCCUGACACACCAAGCCCUGCCCCCUGUCACACCAAGCUACCAGAGAGAGAGAUGGUAGCACACACUACCAGAGAGAGAGAGAUGGUAGCAGACACUACCAGAGAGAGAGAUGGUAGCAGACACUACCAGAGAGAGAGAUGGUAGCAGACACUACCAGAGAGAGAGAUGGUAGCAGACACUACCAGAGAGAGAGAUGGUAGCAGACACUACCAGAGAGAGAGAUGGUAGCAGACACUACCAGAGAGAGAGAUGGUAGCAGACACUACCAGAGAGAGAGAUGGUAGCAGACACUACCAGAGAGAGAGAUGGUAGCAGACACUACCAGAGAGAGAGAUGGUAGCCAGACACUACCAGAGAGAGAGAUGUAGCACACACUACCAGAGAGAGAGAUGGUAGCAGACACUACCAGAGAGAGAGAUGGUAGCAGACACUACCAGAGAGAGAGAUGGUAGCAGACACUACCAAGAGAGAGAUGUAGCAUACACUACCAGAGAGAGAGAUGGUAGCACACACUACCAGAGAGAGAGAUGGUAGCAGACACUACCAGAGAGAGAGAUGGUAGCAGACACUACCAGAGAGAGAGAGAUGGUAGCACACACUACCAGAGAGAGAGAUGGUAGCAGACACUACCAGAGAGAGAGAUGGUAGCAGACACUACCAGAGAGAGAGAGAUGGUAGGACACACUACCAGAGAGAGAGAUGGUAGCACACACUACCAGAGAGAGAGAUGGUAGCAGACACUACCAGAGAGAGAGAUGGUAGGACACACUACCAGAGAGAGAGAGAUGGUAGGACACACUACCAGAGAGAGAGAUGGUAGCACACACUACCAGAGAGAGAGAUGGUAGCACACACUACCAGAGAGAGAGAUGGUAGGACACACUACCAGAGAGAGAGAUGGUAGCACACACUACCAGAGAGAGAGAUGGUAGCAGACACUACCAGAGAGAGAGAUGGUAGCACACACUACCAGAGAGAGAGAUGGUAGCAGACACUACCAGAGAGAGAGAUGGUAGCAGACACUACCAGAGAGAGAAGGGCGUGACCUGUUAGCUUUGUGUUGCAGCUGAAGCAGGAGAGCUGUGUCCUGGUUGAUCCAAGAUGGCUGUCUGCUCUGAUCCAGGGCUUUAGGUCUUCUAUAAACAUUACUACAUGGUGUGCCACACCCAAGAACAUAGGGCUGACUCACUGACUGUACUGCUACGUAGGGUACCACGCCCAUGAAACUGACCUCAUUCGGCCCACUCAUACAUAGUCCUAGUGUUAUUCAUAGGAGUCAUAGUUUGUGGACAGCCAGAUAUUCUGAAUGAAGGGCACGCUGAGGCUAGUUCUAGUGACUGGAGGAAGCUGUGAGGGAGGCCAGUAGAGGCUAGUUCUAGUGACUGGAGGAAGCUGUGAGGGAGGCCAGUAGAGGCUAGUUUCUAGUGACUGGAGGAAGCUGUGAGGGAGGCCAGUAGAGGCUAGUUCUAGUGACUGGAGGAAGCUGUGAGGGAGGCCAGUAGAGGCUAGUUCUAGUGACUGGAGGAAGCUGUGAGGGAGGCCAGUAGAGGCUAGUUCUAGUCACUGGAGGAAGCUGUGAGGGAGGCUAGUAGAGGCUAGUUCUAGUGACUGGAGGAAGCUGUGAGGGAGGCCAGUAGAGGCUAGUUCUAGUGACUGGAGGAAGCUGGGAGGAGGCCCAGUAGAGGCUAGUUCUAGUGACUGGAGGAAGCUGUGAGGGAGGCCAGUAGAGGCUAGUUCUAGUGACUGGAGGAAGCUGUGAGGGAGGCCAGUAGAGGCUAGUUCUAGUGACUGGAGGAAGCUGUGAGGGAGGCCAGUAGAGGCUAGUUCUAGUGACUGGAGGAAGCUGUGAGGGAGGCCAGUAGAGGCUAGUUCUAGUGACUGGAGGAAGCUGUGAGGGAGGCAGUAGAGGCUAGUUCUAGUGACUGGAGGAAGCUGUGAGGGAGGCCAGUAGAGGCUAGUUCUAGUGACUGGAGGAAGCUGUGAGGGAGGCUAGUAGAGGCUAGUUCUAGUGACUGGAGGAAGGAGUGUGAGAGGAGGGGCUAGUAGAGGCUAGUUCUAGUGACUGGAGGAAGCUGUGAGGGAGGCCAGUAGAGGCUAGUUCUAGUGACUGGAGGAAGCUGUGAGGGAGGCCAGUAGAGGCUAGUUCUAGUGACUGGAGGAAGCUGUGAGGGAGGCUAGUAGAGGCUAGUUCUAGUGACUGGAGGAAGCUGUGAGGGAGGCCAGUAGAGGCUAGUUCUAGUGACUGGAGGAAGCUGUGAGGGAGGCCUAGUAGAGGCUAGUUCUAGUGACUGGAGGAAGCUGUGAGGGAGGCCAGUAGAGGCUAGUUCUAGUGACUGGAAGGAAGCUGUGAGGGAGGCAGUAGAGGCUAGUUCUAGUGACUGGAGGAAGCUGUGAGGGAGGCCAGUAGAGGUAUUCUAUGAUGAGGAAGCUGAGGAGGCCAGUAGCGCUAGUCUAGUGACUGAGGAAGCUGUGAGGAGGCCAGUAGAGGCUUAGUUCUAGUGACUGGACCGCUCGUGAGGCAGAGGCCAGUAGACGCUAGCUCUAAGUGCUGCGAAGCUGUAGGACAUAAGGCUCCGUGACCCCUGAACACUAGAAGGCCCCGUACAGCCUCAUCACUACAAGGCAGACGCCCUCCCAUAGAAGGCCACGUACGAGCUCUCAAGCACUAAAUGGCCCAGGUACGUCCCUCACCAUACAGGCCCCAGUUCCCUUCAGCACUACUGGCCCGUACGCCCGAAACGACUAAUGCCCAGUACACACCUCCUCACUGCAAGGCCAAGUAGCUCACCAACUAAAUGCCCCACGCCUCGACCACUAAAGGCCCCGUACACCCUCACCACUACAAGGCCCCGUACACCCUCACCACUACAAGGCCCCGUACGCCCCUCACCACUACAAGGCCCCGGUACGCCCCUCACCACUACAAGGCCCCGUACGCCCUCACCACUACAAGGCCCCGUACGCCCUCACCACUACAAGGCCCCGGUACGCCCCUCACCACUACAAGGCCCCGUACACCCCUCACCACUACAAGGCCCCGUACCCCUCACCACUACAAGGCCCCGUACCCCUCACCACUACAAGGCCCCGUACACCCUCACCACUACAAGGCCCACGUACACCCCUCACCACUACAAGGCCCCGGUACGCCCCUCACCACUACAAGGCCCCGUACACCCUCCCACUACAAGGCCCCGUACACCCUCACCACUACAAGGCCCCGGUACGCCCUCACCACUACAAGGCCCACGUACACCCUCACCACUACAAGGCCACGUACACCCUCACCACUACAAGGCCCACGUACACCCCUCGCCACUACAAGGCCCCGGUACGCCCUCCCACUACAAGGCCCCGUACACCCUCACCACUACAAGGCCCCGGUACACCCUCACCACUACAAGGCCCCGGUACGCCCCUCACCACUACAAGGCCCAGUACACCCCUCACCACUACAAGGCCCCGGUACACCCUCACCACUACAAGGCCCCAGUACACCCCUCACCACUACAAGGCCCCAGUACACCCUCACCACUACAAGGCCCAGUACACCCCUCACCACUACAAGGCCCCGUACGCCCUCACCACUACAAGGCCCCGGUACACCCCUCACCACUACAAGGCCCACGUACACCCCCUCACCACUACAAGGCCCCGGUACGCCCCUCACCACUACAAGGCCCCGUACACCCCUCGCCACUACCAAGGCCCCGUACACCCUCACCACUACAAGGCCCCGGUACGCCCUCACCACUACAAGGCCCCGUACAACCCCUCGCCACUACAAGGCCCCGUACACCCUCACCACUACAAGGCCCCGGUACGCCCUCACCACUACAAGGCCCACGUACACCCUCACCACUACAAGGCCACGUACACCCUCACCACUACAAGGCCCACGUACACCCCUCGCCACUACAAGGCCCCGGUACGCCCUCACCACUACAAGGCCCCGUACACCCUCACCACUACAAGGCCCCGGUACACCCUCACCACUACAAGGCCCCGGUACGCCCCUCACCACUACAAGGCCCAGUACACCCCUCACCACUACAAGGCCCCGGUACACCCUCACCACUACAAGGCCCCAGUACACCCCUCACCACUACAAGGCCCCAGUACACCCUCACCACUACAAGGCCCAGUACACCCCUCACCACUACAAGGCCCCGUACGCCCUCACCACUACAAGGCCCCGGUACACCCCUCACCACUACAAGGCCCACGUACACCCCUCACCACUACAAGGCCCCGGUACGCCCCUCACCACUACAAGGCCCCGUACACCCCUCGCCACUACAAGGCCCCGUACACCCCUCACCACUACAAGGCCCCGGUACGCCCUCACCCACUACAAGGCCCACGUACACCCUCACCACUACAAGGCCACGUACACCCUCACCACUACAAGGCCCACGUACACCCCUCGCCACUACAAGGCCCCGGUACGCCCUCACCACUACAAGGCCCCGGUACGCCCUCACCACUACAAGGCCCCGUACACCCUCACCACUACAAGGCCCCGGUACGCCCUCACCACUACAAGGCCCCGGUACACCCUCACCACUACAAGGCCCCGGUACGCCCCUCACCACUACAAGGCCCCGGUACGCCCUCACCACUACAAGGCCCCGGUACGCCCUCACCACUACAAGGCCCCGUACACCCUCACCACUACAAGGCCCCGGUACGCCCUCACCACUACAAGGCCCCGGUACACCCUCACCACUACAAGGCCCCGGUACGCCCCUCACCACUACAAGGCCCCGGUACGCCCUCACCACUACAAGGCCCGGUACACCCCUCACCACUACAAGGCCCAGUACACCCCUCACCACUACAAGGCCCGGUACACCCCUCACCACUACAAGGCCCCAGUACACCCCUCACCACUACAAGGCCCCGGUACACCCUCACCACUACAAGGCCCCCGGUACACCCCUCACCCACUACAAGGCCCACGUUACACCCCUCACCACUACAAGGCCCCGGUACACCCCUCACCACUACAAGGCCCCGGUACACCCCUCACCACUACAAGGCCCACGUACGCCCUCACCACUACAAGGCCCCGGUACGCCCUCACCACUACAAGGCCCAGUACGCCCUCACCACUACAAGGCCCCGGUUACACCCCUCACCACUACAAGGCCCCGGUACGCCCCCUCACCACUACAAGGCCCCGGUACGCCCCUCACCACUACAGGCCCCCAGUUACACCCUCACCACUACAAGGCCCCGGUACGCCCACUCACCCACUACAAGCGCCCCGGUACACCCUCACCACUACAAGGCCCCGGUAGCCCUCACCAUACAAGGCCCCGGUACACCUCCCUCAGGGGACCCCACCAUACAAGGCCCCGGUACGCCCCUCACCACUACAAGGCCCCGGUACACCCUCACCACUACAGGGCCCCGGUACACCCUCACCACUACAAGGCCCCGGUACACCCCUCACCACUACAAGGCCCAGUACACCCCUCACCACUACAAGGCCCCGGUACACCCUCACCACUACAAGGCCCAGUACACCCCUCACCACUACAAGGCCCCGGUACGCCCUCACCACUACAACCAUUGUGAUACCGUUAUCACUUUGACUCAUUGUCUACAACCGAUACUUCCAGACCACAACAUGCCUAGAUUUGGUUGCUCUUAGUUUUUCAAGUUGUAUUUUUGGGUUAGUAUUUCUGAUCUUAAAGACAGAACACUGUCUGAAUAAAGUUAUUCAGGAAAAUGACAAUUGAUGUUAUCCUCUUAAAGAGAUGUAUUUGUUUAAAGUAGUAUAUUUUGAAUCUCUCUCUCCUCCCUCCAGCCAUCAUCGGUAACUCCCAGGAGGCCUAUAAGGAUGCGUUUGAGAUCAGUAAGAACGACAUGCAGCCCACCCACCCUAUCCGUCUGGGUCUGGCUCUCAACUUCUCCGUCUUCUAUUACGAGAUCCUCAACUCCCCUGAGCAGGCCUGCAAACUGGCCAAGACGGUAUGUGGGCGGUUGAUGAAGGGUUGACAGUCCUGUAGGGCAGUGAGUCUCAACUGGUGGGUCGCAGGACGUUUUUCAAAGGGUCCUGGGUGUCUGGGGAACGUGACUGAAGUGACCCCGUGAAAUGUGGGUCCUUUCGACAAAACCGGUUGAGAUUCACUGCCGUAGGGCCUUUGUACAUAAGACGGCUUGCUUGGAUAACGUCAUAUCUACUCUGUUUAUUAUCUAUCCUGAUUACCUAGUCCCAUUUACCCCUACCUACAUGUACAUAUUACCUCCACUAGCUGGUACCCCUGCACAGUGACUCUGUACUGCUACUCCUUGUAUAUAGCCUCAUUAUUGUUAUGUUAUUGUCUUUAGUAUUUCCUUUUUUUAUUUGGCAACUUUUUCUUACUUUUUAACUCUGCGUUGUUGGUUAAGGGCUUGUUAGUAAGCAAAGAUGAAAAACAGACGAAUUUGUGAAAUUGUUACUUAACAAGUCGUUGUGUGAUGCUUGGUGCUCAAGGAAUCAGUAUACUAUUAAAUAUGUGGUCCUCUGUAGCUCAGCUGGUAGAGCACGGCGCUUAUAACGCCAAGGUAGUGGGUUCGAUCCCCGGGACCACCCAUACACAAAAAUGUAUGCACGCAUGACUGUAAGUCGCUUUGGAUAAAAGUGUCUGCUAAAUGGCAUAUUAUUAUUAUUAUUAUUAUUAUUAUUAUAUUAUUAAGCAUUUCACGGUAAAGUGUACACCUGUUGUAUUCAGCGCAUGUGACCGCUGCGGCCGCUGAUUGGCUGAAUACCCAGGGCGUGAUUUGGUUGGUAAUGCUGAAUGAUUAUCCAACAUCUCAGUAAAUUGUUUUUUUUAAACAAUUAAUUGACCCGACAUAGGUUCAAUUAUUUGACUUCCAUUAAUUGUUUUCCUUCUUCUGUGAGCUCAGUGCGCAGAGAUAUAUCAGAUCCAGCCUGAACUGUGUGAUGUUGUAGUUUCCAACAGGCCCAAUAUUCUACAUAGUUUAGCGCAUAAAACCUGGUAAUUAACUACAGUGACCAUAAUCCAUUGCGCAUCUAUACUGAACAAAAAUAUAAACGCAACAUGUAAAGUGUUGGUCCCAUGUUUCAUGAGCUGAAAUAAAAGAUCACAGAAAUUUUCCAUACGCAAAAAAAAAACAUUUCUCUCAAAUUUGGUGCACAAAUUUGUUUACAUCACUGUUAGUGAGCAUUUCUCCUUUGCCAAGAUAAUCCAUCCACCUGACAGGUGUGGCAUAUCAAGAAGCUGAUUAAACAGCAUGAUCGUUACACUGGUGCACCUUGUGCUGGGGACAAUAAAAGGCCACUCUAAAAGGUGCAGUUUUGUCACACAACACAAUGCCACAGAUGUCUCAAGAUUUGUGGGAGCGUGCAAUUGGCAUGCUGACUGCAGGAAUGUCCACCAGAGCUGUUCCCAGAGAAUUGAAUGUUCAUUUCUCUACCAUAAGCCGCCUCCAACGUCAUUUAUUAAUUGUUUUUUUCUGUGCUACAUCAUUCUAACCAAAUAAUCAAAACCGAAAUAAAAAAUGUGAUUGAUCUUUUGAUUUUAAACCUAAUCCUAACCUUUAACCACACUGGAAACCUUAUUUCUAACCUUAAAUUUAGACCAAAAAGCUCAUUUUGUUUUCAGUGAUUUUUUUUACGAUCGAGACAAUUUUGACAUUGUGGCUGUGGUAACUAGUGGAAACCAGGGAGAACGCAACAAGCUUUCAGAUACAAUAAGUGAAAACAUGAUCUAGCUGGGUAUGGCUAGCUAACAUAAUGUCACAAAGCAUGAUGCGCUAGCCAGGUAACUUUCAUAACUUCAUAUUUCUGAGUUAGUCAGAUAUUAGUUAAGACUUGAAAUUUGCAUGGGAGCUAACUAGCUAGCAAGGCGCUAGCAAGCUACCAGCUAUCUAUAGCUAACUCGCUGCUUAUCAAAGGUAGAUAACUGGUUAAUUUGAGCAAGAAAAUUCACCAACAUUUUUCUUAAUAUUUCUCAAAAUGACUGCAGCUGGCUAAUUUAAUUUGAUGCACCCGGUUUUCUGCUGUUCUAUUCCACGUCUCCUGCAGUAGAAUCUGAUGAACAACGUGGGGGAAAUGCUUUUUGCCAGAGUUGAGAUGCAAAAGGUUCUAGCUAGUGUGUCCCUCUGUCCUUCGUGUUUUAAUGUCACGUGCACAAGUACAGCGAAAAAUGCCUUUUCUUGCAAGCUCCAAACCCAACAAUGCGGUAAUCAAUAUCCAAUGUAGCACAACAAUGUGAUCUGAUGCUACUGUUGUUCUCCUGCAGGCUUUCGAUGACGCCAUUGCAGAGCUUGAUUCUCUGAGUGAAGACUCGUACAAAGACAGCACCUUGAUCAUGCAGCUGCUGAGAGACAACUUGACAGUAAGUAUCUUAGUUCCCCUGCUGUCACUGGGUUGAGUGAUGAUGUAGAGAGGUAGGAUCAUGUAUUACAUCAUAGUUCCCCCGCUGUCACUGGGUUGAGUUAUGAUGUAGAGAGGUUGGGUCAUGUAUUACAUCAUAGUUCCCCUGCUGUCACUGGGUUGAGUUAUGAUGUAGAGAGGUAGGGUCAUGUAUUACAUCAUAGUUCCCCUGCUGUCACUGGGUUGAGUUAUGAUGUAGAGAGGUAGGGUCAUGUAUUACAUCAUAGUUCCCCUGCUGUCACUGGGUUGAGUUAUGAUGUAGAGAGGUAGGGUCAUGUAUUACAUCAUAGUUCCCCUGCUGUCACUGGGUUGAGUUAUGAUGUAGAGAGGUUGGGUCAUGUAUUACAUCAUAGUUCCCCCUGCUGUCACUGGGUUGAGUUAUGAUGUAGAGGUUGGGUCAUGUAUUACAUCAUAGUUCCCCCUGCUGUCACUGGGUUGAGUUAUGAUGUAGAGAGGUUGGGUCAUGUAUUGCAUCAUAGUUCCCCUGCUGUCACUGGGUUGAGUUAUGAUGUAGAGAGGUUGGGUCAUGUAUUACAUCAUAGUUCCCCCUGCUGUCACUGGGUUGAGUUAUGAUGUAGAGAGGUUGGGUCAUGUAUUACAUCAUAGUUCCCCCUGCUGUCACUGGGUUGAGUUAUGUAUUACAUCAUAGUUCCCCUGCUGUCACUGGGUUGAGUUAUGAUGUAUUACAUCAUAGUUCCCCUGCUGUCACUGGGUUGAGUUAUGAUGUAGAGAGGUUGGGUCAUGUAUUACAUCAUAGUUCCCCUGCUGUCACUGGGUUGAGUUAUGAUGUAGAGAGGUAGGAUCAUGUAUUACAUCAUAGUUCCCCUGCUGUCACUGGGUUGAGUUAUGAUGUAGAGGUUGGGUCAUGUAUUACAUCAUAGUUCCCCCUGCUGUCACUGGGUUGAGUUAUGAUGUAGAGAGGUAGGGUCAUGUAUUACAUCAUAGUUCCCCUGCUGUCACUGGGUUGAGUUAUGAUGUAGAGGUUGGGUCAUGUAUUACAUCAUAGUUCCCCCUGCUGUCACUGGGUUGAGUUAUGAUGUAGAGUUUGGGUCAUGUAUUACAUCAUAGUUCCCCCUGCUGUCACUGGGUUGAGUUAUGAUGUAGAGGUUGGGUCAUGUAUUACAUCAUAGUUCCCCCUGCUGUCACUGGGUUGAGUUAUGAUGUAGAGAGGUUGGGUCAUGUAUUACAUCAUAGUUCCCCCUGCUGUCACUGGGUUGAGUUAUGAUGUGGAGAGGUUGGGUCAUGUAUUACAUCAUAGUUCCCCUUGCUGUCACUGGGUUGAGUUAUGAUGUAGAGAGGUUGGGUCAUGUAUUACAUCAUAGUUCCCCCUGCUGUCACUGGGUUGAGUUAUGAUGUAGAGAGGUUGGGUCAUGUAUUACAUCAUAGUUCCCCUGCUGUCACUGGGUUGAGUUAUGAUGUAGAGAGGUUGGGUCAUGUAUUACAUCAUAGUUCCCCCUGCUGUCACUGGGUUGAGUUAUGAUGUAGAGGUUGGGUCAUGUAUUACAUCAUAGUUCCCCCUGCUGUCACUGGGUUGAGUUAUGAUGUAGAGAGGUUGGGUCAUGUAUUACAUCAUAGUUCCCCCUGCUGUCACUGGGUUGAGUUAUAUGAUGUAGAGGGGUUGGACAGUUGCUGGUGUCUCACUCCUUUGGCACAUAUUCCUGAGACAAAGCAAAAUAAUGUAACCUGUGUUUGACCUGCUAAAUGACUAGAAUGUAGAAUGAGUGAAUGUACCCAGUACGAGUUCAGCUCUGCUGACAUGUAAUGUGUAUGUUGUCCUACAGUGUUUGAACAUGUUGUUAAUCCCUGUCCCCUCUCUCUCCCCUCUCCAUCUCUCUCUCCCUCUCUCUCCCCUCUCCAUCUCUCUCUCUGUGUCUCUCUCUCCCCUCUCCAUCUUUCUCUCUCUCUGUGUGUCUCUCUCUCCAUCUCUCUCUCUCUGUGUCUCUCUCUCUCUCUCUCUCUCUCUGUGUCUCUCUCUCUCUCUCUCUCUCUCUCUCUCUCUCUCUCUCUCUCUCUCUCUCUCUGUGUCUCUCUCUCUCUGUGUCUCUCUCUGUGUCUAUCUCUCUCUCUCUGUGUCUCUCUCUCUGUGUCUCUCUCUCCCCUCUCCAUCUCUGUAGUUGUGGACCUCAGACAACCAGGGAGAUGGAGAGGAUGCUGAGGAGGGUAGAGACUGACCUGGUCCCUGUCUGUCUGACUGUCAUCAUCGCUGUCAACUCUUCAUCCUCCUUCUAUCACCACUGAGACAGACAGACAGACGGACCACCUCAUCCAGCCCAGCACCUCUCUCUAGUUCUCUGUCCCAACGUCUCACUCUCCUCCAUACUUUACUCUUCUUUUGGAGUCAUUGUUGGGGGGGUUGCUUUCCAGGGAGGGGUUGGUGGGACGUCCAGCAUGGUAGGUUGAGGUGAGGGGUUGGUGGGACGUCCAGCAUGGUAGGUUGAGGUGAGGGGUUGGUGGGACGUCCAGCAUGGUAGGUUGAGGGGAGGGGUUGGUGGGACGUCCAGCAUGGUAGGUUGAGGUGAGGGGUUGGUGGGACGUCCAGCAUGGUAGGUUGAGGUGAGGGGUUGGUGGGACGUCCAGCAUGGUAGGUUGAGGUGAGGGGUUGGUGGGACGUCCAGCAUGGUAGGUUGAGGUGAGGGGUUGGUGGGACGUCCAGCAUGGUAGGUUGAGGUGAGGGGUUGGUGGGACGUCCAGCAUGGUAGGUUGAGGGGAGGGGUUGGUGGGACGUCCAGCAUGGUAGGUUGAGGUGAGGGGUUGGUGGGACGUCCAGCAUGGUAGGUUGAGGUGAGGGGUUGGUGGGACGUCCAGCAUGGUAGGUGUUCCAUGUAUGUUGAAGGGUGACGGCAAGUUCUCAACUCAUGCAAUGUGGCAAGUUCAGGUUUUGAAUAAACCUGGUAUACUCUACCUGUGUUCAUGUUAAUGAUCUUGUGCUUGACAACAUUGCUUGAUUCAUUUGUGGUUCAACAUCAGUCUGUCUUGAUUGGAGGAGGCAGCAGCGAGCGGUUUUAGUCUGUAGCUACCUAGACAACUGACAGCUACCGCUAGACAACUGACAGCUACCGCUAGACAACUGACAGCUACCGCUAGACAACUGACAGCUACCGCUAGACAACUGACAGCUACCGCUAGACAACUGACAGCUACCGCUAGACAACUGACAGCUACCGCUAGACAACUGACAGCUACCGCUAGACAACUGACGGCUACCGCUAGACAACUGACGGCUACCGCUAGACAACUGACGGCUACCGCUAGACAACUGACGGCUACCUAGACAACUGACGGCUACCUAGACAACUGACAGCUACCGCUAGACAACUGACGGCUACCGCUAGACAACUGACGGCUACCGCUAGACAACUGACGGCUACCUAGACAACUGACGGCUACCUAGACAACUGACAGCUACCGCUAGACAACUGACAGCUACCGCUAGACAACUGACAGCUACCGCUAGACAACUGACAGCUACCGCUAGACAACUGACAGCUACCGCUAGACAACUGACAGCUACCGCUAGACAACUGACAGCUACCGCUAGACAACUGACAGCAGGAGCAGUAGGGGAUAGUCCUGAGGCAUCUAUCGAUGGUGGUGUUGUCUGCGGCCCCAAAUGGCACCCUAUUCUCUAAAUAGUGCACUACUUUAGACCUGAACUCUAUGGGCCCUGGUCAGAAACCUGUGCACUAUGAUGGGAAUAGGGUGCCGUUUGAGAGGAGACCUUGGAUAGUUACAUUCCAUAAAUCUGGCUCUCUACUGCUCCAGUUUCUUCUUCUUCAGUUUGACUGACCUGCUGACGUCAUUGUAUUUCUGUGUCAUUUAGGAGGUAUAGAAAAGUCUAGAACAAAGAGGACAUGCUUAAUACUGGGACUGUUUGAACCAGCAGAGCAGGAUGAAUUUCCCCACGUGCUUAUCUAGUUACUGCUUUUUCCAGUUAAGGUUUUUAUUUUAAUUUAGGUUUUUUCUUUUGAUACUUGUGGCUAAGAACUAGUUAAUGGGGAGGAAAAGGAGAUUGUUGUCGGGCUGGCUAGCUUUGUCCAUGUCUUUUGGAAUUUUCAUACAAAACACCCAAGCAUAACUGUUAUCUGGAGGGAAAUGUUAUUUCAUGUAUGUGGAAUAAAAAGGUAAUUUAAAAGUUUACAGUGUCCAGUCUGAAUUAUUUUAGAGCUCCAAUCUCCAGUUUUCCUCACACCUUUUGUAAGAGAUCACAAAUCUGGCAACGCCGUGACCCAGUCUUUUGGUCCCAUGACUCUCCAGAGUAUGAAAUGAGGGGAUCAGCAUACUGCAAACAGUCCAGGUUGGCUGGUUCACACAAACAAAACAUUGUAUUUCCCUUCAACUGAGGAAACAAGGUUGUUGGUUGAACCCCCCCCCCCCCCCCCCCCCACAAGGUGGUGCACCAUUCUUGAUACACAGAAAACUGUUGAGCGUGAAAAAUCCAGCAGCAUUGCAGUUCUUGACACAAACCGGUGCACUUAUUACCAUACCCCAUUCAAAGGCACUUAGUAUUUGUCUUUCCCAUUCACCCUCUGAAUGGCGCACAUAAUCCAUGUCUGAAUUGUCUCAAGGCUUAAAAAUCAUUUUUUAGCCUGUCCUCCCUUUCAUCUACACUGAUUGAAGUGGAUUUAACAAGUGACAUCAGUAAGGGAUCAUAGCUUUCACCUGGUCAGUCUUUCAUGGAAUGAGCAGGUGUUCUUAAUGUUUUGUGUACUCCGUGUCCUAGGUGCACCCAAAUUGUCAGUUUAUUAGGUACACCCAUCUAGCACCCGGUCGGACCCCCCUUUGCCUCCAGAACAGCCUGAAUUCUUUGUGACAUGGACACGUUGCUUAUUUGAUAUCAAGGGACCUAACGUGUGCCAGGAAAACAUUCCCCACACCAUUACACCACCGCCACCAGCCUGUACCGUUGACACCAGGCAGGAUUUUUAUUUAUUUAUUUAUUUCACCUUUAUUUAACCAGGUAAACCAGUUGAGAACAAGUUCUCAUUUACAACUGCGACCUGGCCAAGAUAAAGCAAAGCAGUGCGAUAAAAACAACAGAGUUACAUAUGGGGUAAAACAAAACAAAGUCAAAAAUACAACAGAAAUACAAUUAAUAUACAGUGUGGAAAUUUAGCAAGUUAUGGAGGUAAGGCAAUAAAAUAGGCUAUAGUGCAAAAUAAUUACAAUUUAGUAUUAACACUGGAAUGAUGUGCAAGAGAUGAUGUGCAAAUAGAGAUACUGGGGUACAAAUGAGCAAAAUAAAUAACAAUAUAGGGAUGAGGUAGUUGGGCGGGCUAAUUUCAGAUGGGCUGUGUACAGGUGCAGUGAUCGGUAAGGUGCUCUGACAACUGAUGCUUAAAGUUAGUGAGGGAGAUAAGAGUCUCCAGCUUCAGAGAUUUUUGCAAUUUGUUCCAGUCAUUGGCAGCAGAGAACUGGAAGGAAUUGCGGCCAAAGGAGGUGUUGGCUUUGGGGAUGACCAGUGAGAUAUACCCGCUGGAGCGCAUACUAUGGGUGGGUGCUGCUAUGGUGACCAAUGAGCUAAGAUAAGGCGGGGAUUUGCCUAGCAGUGAUGUAUAGAUGGCCUGGAGCCAGUGGGUUUGGCGACGAAUAUGUAGUGAGGACCAGCCAACAAGAGCGUACAGGUCACAGUGGUGGGUAUUAUAUGGGGCUUUGGAGACAAAACGGAUGGCACUGUGAUAGACAACAUCCAAUUUGCUGAGUAGAGUGUUGGAGGCUAUUUUGUAAAUGACAUCGCCGAAGUCAAGGAUCGGUAGGAUAGUCAGUUUUACGAGGGCAUGUUUGGCAGCAUGAGUGAAGGAGGCUUUGUUGCGAAAUAGGAAACCGAUUCUAGAUUUAACUUUGGAUUGGAGAUUCUUAAUGUGAGUCUGGAAGGAGAGUUUACAGUCUAACCAGACACCUAGAUAUUUGUAGUUGUCCACAUACUCUAGGUCAGACCCGUCUAGAGUAGUGAUUCUAGUCGGGUGGGCGGGUGCAAGCAGCGUUCGGUUGAAGAGCAUGCAUUUAGUUUUACUAGCGUUUAAGAGCAGUUGGAGGCUACUGAAGGAGUGUUGUAUGGAAUUGAAGCUCGUUUGGAGGUUUGUUAACACAGUGUCCAAUGAAGGGCCAGAUGUAUACAAAAUGGUGUCGUCUGCGUAGAGGUGGAUCUGAGAGUCACCAGCAGCAAGAGCGACGUCAUUGAUAUACACAGAGAAAAGAGUCUCCCUCCGAUUUGACACAUUGAACUCUAUCUGAGAAGUAGUUGGUGAACCAGGCGAGGCAGUCAUUUGAGAAACCAAGGCUAUUUAGUCUGCCAAUAAGAAUGCGGUGGUUGACAGAGUCGAAAGCCUUGGCCAGGUCAAUGAAAACGGCUGCACAGUACUGUCUAUUAUCGAUCGCGGUUAUAAUAUCAUUUAGGACCUUGAGCGUGGCUGAAGUGCACCCAUGACCAGCUCGGAAACCGGAUUGCAUAGCGGAGAAGGUACGGUGGGAUUCGAAAUGGUCGGUGAUCUGUUUGUUGACUUGGCUUUCAAAAACUUUUGAAAGGCAGGGCAGGAUGGAUAUGGGUCUGUAACAGUUUGGAUCUAGAGUGUCACCCCCUUUGAAGAGGGGGAUGACCGCGGCAGCUUUCCAAUCUCUGGGGAUCUCAGACGUUACGAAAGAGAGGUUGAACAGGCUAGUAAUAGGGGUUGCGACAAUUUCGGCGGCUAGUUUUAGAAAGAAAGGGUCCAGAUUGUCUAGCCCAGAUGAUUUGUAGGGGUCCAGAUUUUGCAGCUCUUUCAGGACAUCAGCUGUCUGGAUUUGUGUGAAGGAGAAGCGGGGGGGGCAUGGGCAAGUUGCAGCGGAGGGUGCAGAGCUGGUGGCCGGGGUAGUGGUAGCCAGGUGGAAAGCAUGGCCAGCCGUAGCAAAAUGCUUGUUGAAAUUCUCGAUUAUUGUAGAUUUAUCGGUGGUGAUAGUGUUUCCUAGCCUCAGUGCAGUGGGCAGCUGGGAGGAAGUGCUCUUAUUUUCCAUGGACUUUACAGUGUCCCAAAACUUUUUGGAGUUAGUGCUACAGGAUGCAAAUUUCUGUUUGAAAAAGUUAGCCUUUGCUUUCCUAACUGCUUGUGUAUAUUGGUUCCUAACUUCCCUGAAAAGUUGCAUAUCACGGGGGCUAUUUGAUGCUAAUGCAGUACGCCACAGGAUGUUUUUGUGCUGGUCAAGGGCAGUCAAGUCUGAGGAGAACCAGGGGCUAUAUCUGUUCUUAGUUCUGUAUUUUUUGAAUGGGGCAUGUCUAUUUAAGAUUGAGAGGAAAUUACUUUUAAAGAACAACCAGGCAUCCUCUACUGACGGAAUGAGAUCUAUAUCCAUCCAGGAUACCUGGGCCAGGUCAAUUAGGAAGGCCUGCUCGCUGAAGUGUUUUUGGGAGCGUUUGACAGUGAUGAGGGGUGGUCGUUUGACCGCGGACCCGUUACGGACGCAGGCAAUAAGGCAGUGAUUGGGCACAGACCUGGAUAGAAUGAUGGAGCUCUGCAGGCUAUCUCUACAGUAGAUUGCAACUCCACCCCCUUUGGCAGUUCUAUCUAGACGGAAAAUGUUAUAGUUGGGGAUGGAAAUUUCAGAAUUUUUGGUGGCCUUCCUAAGCCAGGAUUCAGACACUGCUAGAACAUCAGGGUUGGCGGAGUGUGCUAACGCAGUGAAUAACUCAAACUUAGGAAGGAUGGGGCCAUUCCCCACACCAUUACACCACCAGCCUGUACUGGUGACACCAGGCAGGAUGGGGCCAUUCCCCACACCAUUACACCACCGCCACCAGCCUGUACCGUUGACACCAGGCAGGAUGGGUCCAUGGACUCAUGCUGCUGACGCUAAAUCCUGACUGUCAUCAAGAUGACACAACAGGAACCGGGAUUCGUUGGACCUGGACAUGUUUUUCAAAUCAAAUUUGAUUUGUCACAUGCGCCGAAUACAACAGGUGUAGACCUUACAGUGAAAUGCUUACUUACAAGCCCUUAACCAACAAUGCAGUUUUAAGAAAUAAUGCAAAAAAAAUCACACAAAAAUACAAUAUAAAAAUAAUAAGAAAUAAAAGUUACUAAUAAUUAAAGAGCAGCAGUAAAAAUAACAAUAGCGAGGCUAUAUACAGGAGGUACCGGUACCGAGUCAAUGUGCUGGGGAACCGGUUAGUCGAGGUUAUGUCCAUGUAGGUAGAGUUAUUAAAGUGACUGCAUAGAUAAUAAACAGAGAAUCAGCAGCGUAAAAGGGGGGGGAGGGGCAAUGCAAAUAGUCUGGGUAGCCAUUUGAUUAGAUGUUCAGGAGUCUUAUGGCUUGGGGGUAGAAGCUGUUUAGAAGCAUCUUGGACCUAGACUUGGUGCUCCGGUACCGCUUGCCGUGCGGUAGCAGAGAGAACAGUCUAUGACUAUGGUGGCUGGAGUCUUUGACAAUUUUUAGGGCCUUCCUCUGACACCGCCUGGUAUAGAGGUCCUGGAUGGCAGGAAGCUUGGCCCCAGUGAUGUACUGGGCCGUACGCACUACCCUCUGUAGUGCCUUGUGGUCGGAGGCCGAGCAGUUGUCAUACCAGGCAGUUAUGCAACCAGUCAGGAUGCUCUCGAUGGUGCAGCUGUAGAACCUUUUGAGGAUCUGAGGAACCAUACCAAAUAUUUUCAGUCUCCUUAGGGAGAAUAGGCUUUGUCGUGCCCUCUUCAGCUUGUUGGUGAUGUGGACACCAAGGAACUUGAAGCUCUCAACCUGCUCCACUACAGCCCCGUCGAGAAUGGGGGCGUGCUCGGUCCUCUUCUUUUUCCUGUAGUCCACAAUCAUCUCCUUUGUCUUGAUCACGUUGAGGGAGAGGUUGUUGUCCUGGCACCACACUGCCAGGUCUCUGACCUCCACCCUAUAGGCUGUCUCAUCGUUGUCGGUGAUCAGGCCUACCACUGUUGUGUCGUCAGCAAACUUAAUGAUGGUGUUGGAGUCGUGCCUGGCCAUGCAGUCAUGAGUACAGGAGGGGACAGAGCACGCACCCCUGAGGGGCCCCCGUGUUGAGGAUCAGUGUGGCGGAUGUGUUGUUACCUACCCUUACCACCUGGGGGCGGCCCGUCAGGAAGUCCAGGAUCCAGUUGCAGAGGGAGGUGUUUAGUCCCAGGGUCCUUAGCUUAGUGAUGAGCUUUGAGGGCACUGGUGUUGAACUCUGAGCUGUAGUCAAUGAAUAGCAUUCUCACAUAGGAGUUCCUCUUGUCCAGGUGGGAAAGGGCAGUGUGGAGCGCAAUAGAGAUUGCAUCAUCUGUGGAUCUGUUGGGGCGGUAUGCAAAUUGGAGUGGGUCUAGGGUUUCUGGGAUAAUGGUGUUGAUGUGAGCCAUGACCAGCCUUUCAAAGCACUUCAUGGCUACAGACGUCAGUGCUACGGGUCGGUAGUCAUUUAGGCAGGUUACCUUAGUGUUCCUGGGCACAGGGACUAUGGUGGUCUGCUUGAAACAUGUUGGUAUUACAGACUCAGACAGGGAGAGGUUGAAGAUGUCAGUGAAGACAUUUGCCAGUUGGUCAGCGCAUGCUCGGAGUACACGUCCUGGUAAUUCGUCUGGCCCUGCGGCCUUGUGAAUGUUGACCUGUUUAAAAGUCUUACUCACAUCGGCUACGGAGAGCGCGAUCACAUAGUCAUCCGGAACAGCUGGUGCUCUCAUGCAUGCUUCAGUGUUGCUUGCCUCGAAGCGAGCAUAGAAGUGGUUUAGCUCGUCUGGAAGUCUUGUGUCACUGGGAAGCUCGCGGCUGUGCUUCGCUUUCUUUGUACGCGUCUCUGUGUGUGGAGUAAAGGUGGUCUAGAGUUUUUUUCCCUCUGGUUGCACAUUUAACAUGCUGGUAGAAAUUAGGUAAAACUUAUUUAAGUUUCCCUGCAUUAAAGUCCCCGACCACUAGGAGCGCCGCCUCUGGAAGAGUGUUUUCCUGUUUGCUUAUGGCCGUAUACAGUUCAUUGAGUGCAAUCUUAAUGCCAGUAUUGGUUUGUGGUGGUAAAUAGACAGCUAUGAAAAAUAUAGAUGAAAACUCUCUUGGUAGAUAGUGUGGUCUACAUGAUAUACUCUACCUGUCGGGGAGCAAAUCCCUCUCGUCCGACUCAUUAAAGAAAAAUUAUUUGUCCAGUUCAAGGUGAGUAAUCGCUGUUCUGAUGUCCAGAAGCUCUUUUCGGUCAUAAGAGACGGUAGCAGCAACAAAUGUACAAAAUAAGUUAAAAACAAUAUGAAAAAACACACAAAAUAGCACGGUUGGUUAAGAGUCCAUAAAACGGCGGCCAUCCCCUCCGGCGCCAUUAUCACUCCUCAGUUGUCCAGUGUUGGUGAUGGCGUGCCCACUGGAGCCACUUCUUCUUGUUUUGAGCUGAUAGGAGUGGAACCCGGUGUGGUCGUCUGCUGCAAUAGCCCAUCCAUGACAAGGACCGACGACUUGUGUGUUCCGAGAUGGCCGUUCUGCAAACCACGGUUGUACUGCGCCGUUAUUUGCCUGUUUGUGGCCCGCCUGUUAGCUUGCGCCAUUCUCCUUUGACCCCUCACCAACGAGCUGUUUUCACCCACAGGACUGCUGCUGACUGGAUGUUUUUUGUUCUCUGUAAACCCUAGACACUGUCUGUAGGAGUGAACCAUUGUUGUGAACGUGGUGGCGUGAAAAUCCCAGAAGGCCGGCUGUUUCUGAGAUACUGGAACCGGCGCGCCUGGCACCGAUGAUCAUACCACGCUCAAAGUCACUUAGGUCACAAUUGUUUCCAAUUCUAACGUUCAAUCAAACAGUAACUGGAUGACUGUCUGCCUGCUUUAUAUAGCAAGCCACAGCCACACUGCCUGUAGGAGCGUGGUGGUGUACCUAAUAAACUGGCCACCAUGGGCAGCUUAAUAUUGUGUAUAUAUAUAUUCAAUAAUAAUCAUGACAUGGGCCUGUUUUAUUGAUGACUUUUGCACAAUUUUUCUGUUGUCAUAAUAAUCUGUAUUGAGCAUUUGGCUGACCUACGAAGAUGGGCCAGCACGGUUUUCUGAUUGGCUGAGCUGAGGUGUGGGCCGACCUCGUAUUCUGAUUGGCUGAGCUGAGGUGGCGUAAAUUCACAUUCAAAGUCAAACCACGUGCAUCAUCAGAGGGAAUGACGGUGCUUUUAAGACAACUGGGAACUCGAAAAAAACAAGGUCAAAUCAUAAUGUCAGUGAUCUUCAGGUCGAAAAGUCGGAGCUCUAGAAAGAUGCCAGAGUUUCCAACUUGGAUGACCGUUGAAAAUUAUUUUUCCCAGUCAAGCUAGUUUUUUUCUGAGUUCCCAGUUAUUUUGAAUGCAUUGAAGUUGGAGAUUUCCGAGUUCCCAGUUCCCAGUUAUUUUGAAUGCAUUGACGUUGGAGAUUUCCGAGUUCCCAGUUCCCAGUUAUUUUGAAUGCAUUGAAGUUGGAGAUUUCCGAGUUCCCAGUUCCCGGUUGUUUUGAAUGCAUUGAAGUUGGAGAUUUCCGAGUUCCCAGUUCCCGGUUAUUUUGAAUGCAUUGAAGUUGGAGAUUUCCGAGUUCCCAGUUCCCAGUUAUUUUGAAUGCAUUGAAGUUGGAGAUUUCCGAGUUCCCAGUUCCCAGUUAUUUUGAAUGCAUUGAAGUUGGAGAUUUCCGAGUUCCCAGUUCCCGGUUGUUUUGAAUGCAUUGAAGUUGGAGAUUUCCGAGUUCCCAGUUCCCAGUUAUUUUGAAUGCAUUGAAGUUGGAGAUUUCCGAGUUCCCAGUUCCCAGUUAUUUUGAAUGCAUUGAAGUUGGAGAUUUCCGAGUUCCCAGUUCCCGGUUGUUGUGAAGGUGGCAUAAAACCCGCCCUGACUCUGUCAGUCACUCAGUCAGAACAGAAAACCCCAGAAAGGUAAAAAAAAGGCUGAGAAAAAGGGCUGUUGAUGCGGAUGCUGCUAAAUUAACCGAUUUAUUUGCUAAAAGAUCUGGUUCUGCAGGGCCGAGUGCUGUGUCAGAUCAGCUGCUGUGGUGCAGUCGAGGAAGGAAGAAAACAGAGAAAGACACACUGACACAGAUCAUGUCGUCUAGGCCUAGUGUUUACACAGCGGGAAAUGCAGAAGUUUUUUCUUUUUUCGCAAUGAUAAGCUUGUCACCGGUACAAACUUGAAACCACUUGAAACUCCCGGACAACAGUUGUGAUUGUCCAUUCCAUAUUGUCCAUUUUAUUUGGACCUGUCCUCUGUUUUUAGGAUAUGUUGUUUGUUAACAUGACAGCUCAUUUCUUAUUUGAUUGAGCGCCAUUUAGUUUAGGCUAUUUGAUCGGAGAAACCUGCAGAAAAAAAGUGUCCGUCUCAUUACAUUGUCAUACAUGUUAUCUCCAGCCGUCAGAAAACGUUGUGUGCCAAACAGGUGAUGUAUAGAUUACAAUAUCAAUUUUUUUAAACCGUUUGGAACAACGUAAACAACACUAAAUGAAGUAUAAGCGGACCAGAGAGUCUGUUAAGCCUUUAGAACAGCAAAGACUAAAAACAGUCGCAUUCAUUCGUGAAUGCAAUUUCCCGAAAUGGAACUGUUUAUUGUUUAAGCUAAUUAUUAAAGGCUCACUUUUUUUAUUUUAUUUUAAAAAACGAAAAUGCUUGAUUGCAUUUCAAAUCAUGAAUGACUCAUAUGCUGUGUGAUGACCUGGACGAAUGAAUGAUUGAUUGAUAGAGGAGCCGAUAUAAAUAUCGAAAUAAUGACAUGACUUAUUAUAAUGAUCAUAAUAACAGUAAUAACGACAAUAAGAAGGAGAUCAAGAAAAAGGAGUGUUAUUUUUAUAAUUAUUAUAAAUAUCAUUUUUCGGAUAAUUUGGAAUAAAUUAUAAAUAAUACCAGAGAGUUCUAACGAAAAAAAAAAAGUGUAAAGCCUUUAUUACAGCAGAGCAAAGAUGAAAAACAGACGAAUUUGUGAAAUUGUUACUUAACAAGUCGUUGUGUGAUGCUUGGUGCUCAAGGAAUCAGUAGACUAUUAAAUAUGUGGUCCUCUGUAGCUCAGCUGGUAGAGCACGGCGCUUGUAACGCCAAGGUAGUGGGUUCGAUCCCCGGGACCACCCAUACACAAAAAAAAAAUGUUUUAUGCACGCAUGACUGUAAGUCGUUUUGGAUAAAAGCGUCUGCUAAAUGGCAUAUUAUUAUUAUUAUAAAUAAACACUCAAACAGACAACAGAAGCAAUAUCUGUCUUAUUUUCUGUAGAUAUAUUGAUGAUUUCUAAAGCCAGGCCCAUUUAACAGUUAAGCUAUUGAUUACAGACCUAAUUAAGUUGGGGUUUCCUCUCUCCUCACUUCGAUAAUAAGGCGAGGGCUGUUUCCUCUCUCCUCACUUCGAUAAUAAGGCGAGGGCUGUUUCCUCUCUCCUCACUUCGAUAAUAAGGCGAGGGCUGUUUCCUCUCUCCUCCCUUAGAUAAUAAGGCUAGGGCUGUUUCCUCUCUCCUCACUUAGAUAAUAAGGCUAGGGCUGUUUCCUCUCUCCUCACUUCGAUAAUAAGGCGAGGGCUGUUUCCUCUCUCCUCCCUUAGAUAAUAAGGCGAGGGCUGUUUCCUCUCUCCUCAUUUAGACGAUAAGGCGAGGGCUGUUUCCUCUCUCCUCACUUCGAUAAUAAGGCGAGGGCUGUUUCCUCUCUCCUCACUUAGAUAAUAAGGCGAGGGCUGUUUCCUCUCUCCUCACUUAGAUAAUAAGGCGAGGGCUGUUUUCUCAUCUCCUCCCUUCGAUAAUAAGGCGAGGGCUGUUUCCUCUCUCCUCACUUAGAUAAUAAGGUGAGGGCUGUUUUCUCAUCUCCUCCCUUCGAUAAUAAGGCGAGGGCUGUUUCCUCUCUCCUCACUUAGAUAAUAAGGCGAGGGCUGUUUCCUCUCUCCUCACUUAGAUAAUAAGGCGAGGGCUGUUUCCUCUCUCCUCACUUAGAUAAUAAGGCGAGGGCUGUUUCCUCUCUCCUCACUUAGAUAAUAAGGCGAGGGCUGUUUCCUCAUCUCCUCCCUUCGAUAAUAAGGCGAGGGCUGUUUUCUCAUCUCCUCCCUUCGAUAAUAAGGCGAGGGCUGUUUUCUCAUCUCCUCCCUUCGAUAAUAAGGCGAGGGCUGUUUCCUCAUCUCCUCCCUUCGAUAAUAAGGCGAGGGCUGUUUCCUCUCUCCUCACUUCGAUAAUAAGGCGAGGGCUGUUUCCUCUCUCCUCCCUUAGAUAAUAAGGCUAGGGCUGUUUCCUCUCUCCUCACUUAGAUAAUAAGGCGAGGGCUGUUUCCUCUCUCCUCCCUUAGAUAAUAAGGCGAGGGCUGUUUCCUCUCUCCUCAUUUAGACGAUAAGGCGAGGGCUGUUUCCUCUCUCCUCCCUUAGAUAAUAAGGCUAGGGCUGUUUCCUCUCUCCUCCCUUAGAUAAUAAGGCUAGGGCUGUUUCCUCUCUCCUCACUUAGAUAAUAAGGCGAGGGCUGUUUCCUCUCUCCUCCCUUAGAUAAUAAGGCGAGGGCUGUUUCCUCUCUCCUCACUUAGAUAAUAAGGCGAGGGCUGUUUCCUCUCUCCUCCCUUAGAUAAUAAGGCUAGGGCUGUUUCCUCUCUCCUCACUUAGAUAAUAAGGCGAGGGCUGUUUCCUCUCUCCUCCCUUAGAUAAUAAGGCUAGGGCUGUUUCCUCUCUCCUCACUUCGAUAAUAAGGCGAGGGCUGUUUCCUCUCUCCUCCCUUAGAUAAUAAGGCGAGGGCUGUUUCCUCUCUCCUCACUUAGAUAAUAAGGCGAGGGCUGUUUCCUCUCUCCUCACUUCGAUAAUAAGGCGAGGGCUGUUUCCUCUCUCCUCACUUCGAUAAUAAGGCGAGGGCUGUUUUCUCAUCUCCUCAUUCUGCUGCUACCUCCGCCACAUUGUUCUCAACACUAAUAUGCUGGUUAACUUGGCUGUUAUGCACAUAGCAACAUGGUCUAGGAAAAGGCGCCAAUUCAACUGCACACUGAUGUGUUUCAGAACAGUGGACAGCGACCGCUAUCAAAAGAGGAAGAAAGUGCAUUUGUUAUAAAAUAAUAUUAUUUUUAUUAGUGUUGCACCAUUGUUUAUGUAAUAUAACCAUAUACAAUUUCAGGAGCACAUGUCUUAGACUGAUGGUCUGUGCCAUCCCCACGGCCACCACAAUGGAUCAGUCCACUCAGACAGGCCUCCAUAAUGGAUCAGUCCACUCAGACAGGAGCCAAUCAGACAGGAGCCAAUCAGACAGGAGCCACUCAGACAGGAGCCAAUCAGACAGACGCCAAUCAGACAGGAGCCAAUCAGACAGGAGCCACUCAGACAGGAGCCACUCAGACAGGAGCCAAUCAGACAGACGCCAAUCAGACAGGAGCCAAUCAGACAGACGCCACUCAGACAGGAGCCAAUCAGACAGGAGCCAAUCAGACAGGCGUCUUGUACACCAUGAUAUAUUUUAUUUUUGCUACCGCUCGAUUAAAGAAAUCUCGGUCGUCCAACAACCUAUCGACCUAUCAACCUAUCGACCUAUCGACCUAUCGACCAAACAAUCGACCAGUCGACCUAAUGGGGUCAGCCCUACUAUAAUAAUAAGACAGUAUAAGGUACCGGGACCUUUAGGAGCCUGAUGGGAAUGUUAGGCUCUGUAACAUCUUGGCAGGGGCGCAACUUUGGUUUUAGAAGUGGGGGGGACAUUCAUUAUUAUUAUUAUUAUUAUUAUUUUUAAUCAGUCGGAUAAACACUCCAAACAGCCUACCCGACCGCUCGGAGUCGUCCGCAUGGUCUUAAAGCACACCGUUGCCUCGUUUUGUAUCACAUUUCAAUUAUAAAACUGGGGGGGGGAACAAAAAUGCAAUUUCAGAAUGUGAGGGGGACAUGUCCCCCCCGUCCCCCCCCCCCCCGUCCCCAGUGAAAGUUGCGCCCCUGCAUUUUGGGAUAAUCUUGACCUUCCAGAAUACAACACACACGUUUUCCACUGCCAAGGAGGCCAAGGAGGCUCUAACUUCUUCGAGAAGCACAUCAAGCCCAACACACAAGGGGACGAGCCGACAGAUCUAGACUAACCCCAAUACGACUGGCUCAAUAUUCUGGUAUGUUAGGACGGCAGGUAGCUUAGUGGGUAAGAGCGUUGUGCCAAUAACCGAAAGGUCGCUGGUUCUAAUCCCCGAGCCGACUAGGUGAAAAAUCUGUCGAUGUGCCCUUAAGCAAGGCACUUAACCCUAAUUGCUCCUGUAAGUCGCUCUGGAUAAGAGCGUCGACUAUAAUGUAAAUGUAUAUGUUAUCCACACAACAUCACACAAGGGGACGAGCCGACAGAUCUAGACUAACCCCAAUAUGACUGGCUCUAUAUUCUGGUAUGUUAUCCACACAACAUCACACAAGGGGACGAGCCGACAGAUCUAGACUAACCCCAAUAUGACUGGCUCUAUAUUCUGGUAUGUUAUCCACACAACAUCACACAAGGGGACGAGCCGACAGAUCUAGACUAACCCCAAUACGACUGGCUCUAUAUUCUGGUAUGUUAUCCACACAACAUCACACUACUACCAAUACGCUGGCAAUAUUGGUAGUUCACACUCACAAAGGGAGAGCCGACGAUCUAGACUAACCCCCAAGUACGAAGGUCUAUAUUCUUAUUAUCACAACAUCACACAGGGGACGGCCGAAGAUUAGAUACCCAUACGAUGGCUCUAAUUGGUAGUUAUCCACAAACACAACAAGGGACAGCCGACAGUUAGACUAACCCCAACCGACUGGCUAAUUCUGGAUGUUAUCCACACAACUCACCAAGGGACGAGCCAGAUCUGAUAACCCUACGAUGCUCUAUUUUGGUAAUGUUGCCACAAAAUCACACAGGGACGAGCGACGUCUAGACUAACCCAAUACGACGGUCUAUAUUGUAUGUUAUCAAAAACAUAACAAGGGGACGAGCCGACGAUCUAGAUAACCCAAUACGACUGGCUUAUAUCUGGUAUGUAUCAACGACAUCACACAGCCUAGCCUAAAGCUAUGAUGCUUCCCUCAGCAUAAGACAAUGAUGAAGCACCCCCUCAAUUGGUAAAAGGAACAAUAUUAUCAUUAUUAUUACCUGGGGCGGCAGGUAGCUUAGUGGUUAAGAGCGUUGUGCCAGUAACCGAAAAGUCGCUGGUUCUAAUCCCCGAGCCGACUAGCUGAAAAAUCUGUCGAUGUGCCCUUGAGCAAGGCACUUAACCCUAAUUGCUCUGGAUAAGAGCGUCUGCUAAAUGACUAUUUAUUGUAUUAUGUUAUUGGACUUUGUUGUUAUUAUAACGUCUAUGGUCCCAGCCUGGUCUCAUAAACUAGAUGUAACAGAGGAAACGUAAAUCCGGGACACUCAAAUUAGUAUGAUAUGUUAGGUUUUGUACAGUUACAUAAGACAGAAGGUUACAUAAGGAAAAACCUAAAGGAGGGUGGAUGGUCAGGGUGGAUGAGUAAGUGUAUAACACGAAUGUCUAGCAACCAAAAGGUUGUGUGUUUGAAUCUCAUCAUGGACACUUUAGCAUUUGAGCUAAUUAGCAACUUUGCAACUACUAGCAUGUUAGCUAACCCUAACCUAACUCCUAACCCUUUAACCUAACUCAUAACCCUAACCUUAACCCUAUCGGCAGGUAGCCUUGCAGUUAAGUGCAUUGGGACAGUAACUGAAAGGUUGCUGGUUUGAAUCCCCGAGUCGGCAAGACAGUUAACCCCCAACAACAGCUGCUCCCUGCCCCCAGCAACUCUCUGAUUCAGAGGGGUUGUUUUAAAUGCGGAAGACACAUUUCGAUUGAAUGCAUUCCGUUGUGCAACUGACUAGGUAUUCCCUUUCCCUAGUGCACACAAAAAGUCAUUUUUUAUUCAAUCUGUUUUGCAUUUUCAACUCUACGGAUAGUUUUGUCACAAAAACUGUUGCGUUGAAAAGCGAACGUGCCUCCUCUGGUCUUUGGCACCUGCGCUGUAGCCAACAGCUGGCAGAUAGUCAUGCUGCGUGGGUUGGCUAGUCUACAUGAUGACAUUAUAUUAUGGAUAAGAGCGAGAAUAUUUUUAUUUGUCAAACGGCAGUCAAGCGUCGAUCAUCACGUCACCAGAAUCAGACCCUGGAUAUUUAUUGGAAAGGAGCAUCGAGCUCAUCACCGUGCCCUUUCACCGCCCUGUGAAGUUCAUCAUAAAUGAUUGAAUCUGUAGCCUAAUAAACUGCAUGGGUUCCUGAGUCCUGGUGGGAGGACCACACAACAUGUCAUCGCUAUUUCUUCCAUAUGAUGGUUAUUAUAUCAAUAUUUUCCCAUAAAGGCGUUUCCACCUCCAUUUCUCGCAUCAUACAGACGGGUUGCUUCCUUGUGUAGCUAUAGUGCAUUGCAUCCCUAUUGGCUAAACUGUUUAGGAUAGACGGCCAAUGGCCAGUCCCAUAUGGGCUUCCCCCUCCCUUUACAUCUCCCAGGGAGGACAUGGCCUGAUUAAUUAUUGUGAAGAUCUAGAUUAUAGACUGAUCUAGACUAUAGACUGAUCUAGACUAUAGACUGAUCUAGACUAUAGACUGAUCUAGAUUAUAGACUGAUCUAGAUUAUAGACUGAUCUAGAUUAUAGACUGAUCUAGAUUAUAGACUGAUCUAGACUAUAGACUGAUCUAGACUAUAGACUGAUCUAGACUAUAGACUGAUCUAGAUUAUAGACUGAUCUAGAUUAUAGACUGAUCUAGACUAUAGACUGAUCUAGAUUAUAGACUGAUCUAGACUAUAGACUGAUAUAGAUUAUAGACUGAUCUAGAUUAUAGACUGAUCUAGAUUAUAGACUGAUCUAGACUAUAGACUGAUAUAGAUUAUAGACUGAUCUAGACUAUAGACUGAUCUAGAUUAUAGACUGAUCUAGACUAUAGACUGAUCUAGAUUAUAGACUGAUAUAGAUUAUAGACUGAUAUAGAUUAUAGACUGAUCUAGACCAUAGACUGAUCUAGAUUAUAGACUGAUCUAGACUAUAGACUGAUCUAGAUUAUAGACUGAUCUAGACUAUAGACUGAUAUAGAUUAUAGACUGAUCUAGAUUAUAGACUGAUCUAGAUUAUAGACUGAUCUAGACUAUAGACUGAUAUAGAUUAUAGACUGAUCUAGACUAUAGACUGAUCUAGAUUAUAGACUGAUCUAGACUAUAGACUGAUAUAGAUUAUAGACUGAUCUAGAUUAUAGACUGAUCUAGACUAUAGACUGAUAUAGAUUAUAGACUGAUCUAGACUAUAGACUGAUCUAGAUUAUAGACUGAUCUAGAUUAUAGACUGAUCUAGACUAUAGACUGAUAUAGAUUAUAGACUGAUCUAGACUAUAGACUGAUCUAGAUUAUAGACUGAUCUAGACUAUAGACUGAUCUAGAUUAUAGACUGAUCUAGACUAUAGACUGAUCUAGAUUAUAGACUGAUCUAGAUUAUAGACUGAUAUAGAUUAUAGACUGAUCUAGACCAUAGACUGAUCUAGAUUAUAGACUGAUCUAGACUAUAGACUGAUCUAGAUUAUAGACUGAUCUAGACUAUAGACUGAUAUAGAUUAUAGACUGAUCUAGAUUAUAGACUGAUCUAGAUUAUAGACUGAUCUAGACUAUAGACUGAUAUAGAUUAUAGACUGAUCUAGACUAUAGACUGAUCUAGACUAUAGACUGAUCUAGAUUAUAGACUAUAGACUGAUCUAGAUUAUACAUACACUGAGUGAACUAAACAUUAAGAACACCUGCUCUUUCCAUGACAUAGACUGACCAGGUGAAAGCUAUGAUCCCUUAUUGAUGUCACUUGUUAAAUCCACUUCAAUCUGUGUAGAUGAAGGGGAGGAGACGGGUUAAAGAGUGGGGGGGGGGGGGGGGGGUGUAGUUUAGUAGUUUUUGGUAGAGACUUGAGCUUUACGGUUUCUAACUGUGGCAAUGAACGCCACAAAAUCCACCUUUUUACCACACAGGGUAUCUUUUGACUGGCGGCAAACAUUUACUACAGGCUGUGGUGCGUCCACUACCAUCUCUUCACUAGCAUCACUUGUUUUCUCCACUCUUUUAAUCGCCUCCACGUAGGAGAUUCAAUUGACCGCUCUAACUUUUGCCAUGUCAAUCUCCUUCACCCUUACAGGGCACUCCAGGACCUCGGGAUCAUGAUCCCCACCACAAUUGCAACACCCAUUGUCCUUCUACGCACCGUUCUCCAGCAUACUCUGUCCGUCUGCACACACUCUCCCUAACUAACUUUAAGCAUCAGUUGUCAGAGCACCUUACCGAUCACUGCACCUGUACACAGCCCAUCUGAAAUUAGCCCACCCAACUACAUCAUCCCUAUAUUGUUAUUUAUUUUGCUCAUUUGCACCCCAGUAUCUCUAUUUGCACAUCAUCUCAUUCCAGUGUUAAUACUAAUUGUAAUUAUUUAGCACUAUGGCCUAUUUAUUGCCUUACCUCCAUAACUUGCUACAUUCGCACACACUGUAUAUAUAUUUUCUGUUGUAUUUUUGACUUUAUGUUUUUUUUUACCCCAUAUGUAACUCUGUGUUGUUGUUUUUAUCGCACUGCUUUGCUUUAUCUUGGCCAGGUCGCAGUUGUAAAUGAGAACUUGUUCUCAACUGGCUUACCUGGUUAAAUAAAGGUGAAAUAUAUAUAUAUAUAUGUUUUUUUUAAAUUAAAUUUUAAAAAAUCACACGCUGCUAUUUAUUGCUGACCAGCAGAUGUCACUAAUGUGCAUUGUGAACAGAUAAUGAUGCUCCGAGUAAUGAACCAUUUUUCCAGGCACAAUUUGGUGAAAGAGCCGAAGCCUUCAGAAAGCCUCGGUUUCCCAUCAUUAAACAUUAGUAUUUUGUUAUUUUCCUGUCACACUCAAACAGUCUAAUGAGUGUUAAAUGUGGAAGACACAUCUCAGUUGAACGUCUUCAGACUAGCUGUCCCCUUCCCUUUCUACGUCUUCUUCUUUGGUAUUAUGGCGGUCCGGUUAUAGCUGCACGCCGCCACCUACUGUAUUGGCUGUAUAUCAGCCUAAUAUUCUGUAGUGUGAAUUCAUUACUUUGCGAGAAAAUUACCCUGGACAGGUGUCUUUUAUACAGGUAACAAACUGAGAUUAGGAGCACUCCCUUUAAGAGUGUGCUCCUAAUCUCAGCUCGUUACCUGUAUAAAAGACCCUGGGAGCCAGAAAUCUUUCUGAUUGAGAGGGGGUCAAAUACUUAUUUCCCUCAUUAAAAUGCAAAUCAAUUUAUAACAUUUUUGACAUGCGUUUUUCUGGAUUUUUUUUGCUGUUAUUCUGUCUCUCACUGUUCAAAUAAACCUACCAUUAAAAUUAUAGACUGAUCAUGUCUUUGUCAGUGGGCAAACGUACAAAAUCAGCAGGGGAUCAAAUACUUUUUUCCCUCACUGUAUAUAUAUAUAUAUAUUUGCGCCCAUCUCAGUGAACUAAUCCAUUGUGGAGGCCUAGACUAAAAGCCAAUUUAUGCUUGAUUUGAAAAUGGGGUUGGAGGCUCCAUAUCGAGGGCAUGACGCAAUUUCUAAGCCUCCAGAGGCAUACAGAGGCCAAACCGAGCUCUGUACCGCAUAGCCAUGGGCCUCCCAAAUGUUGUAACAAUGCGGAGGGCUAUGUAUAGCUCUGCAUUGACAUUAUAUUCUUCUUAUCAGGGCUUGACUUGGACUGAAAUAGGUGCCAGUACUCAUUUUGGGGGCUGAAACUGUUUACAUUUAGGUGCAGGAGCUCCACAAUACUUUUGAGCUAAUAUUCUAUAAGAGGAACAGGAGCUCAAGCAGUAGAACUCUGAGGUGCCGGUACUCAGCUCCGGUGAGCUCCAGCCCAAGUUAAACACUGCUUCUUAUCCCUUAAAUAGCCAACAGCUGUGUCUGUCCCGAGCUCACUGGCGUGGGAAACUCUUAAGGGCCCAGAAUAUUUUAUACAAUGUUGCAAAUUCGCUAGCUCAAGCUUCCAGACCCAAGUUAAUAGUGGAUACAAUGUUUCAAGUUCCUUGCAGACAGGCCAUGUGAUGCCAAUGUGAUUUAUAUAAUAUUUAUUUUAAUCAGGAUAUUUUCUACCUGCAGGCUGCAAUGUUUUUAUUUGUUGGCUUUAUGGAGGCUGUUUUUACAUAGUUGGCAAUGGCAAUAGAAGUACAUUUUUAGGUUUGUAUAAUUUUUCAUUUAGAUUUGGAUAGAAUUUUGAUUAACCACAUGACAAUGAUUUUGAGAUAUGAAGACUUCAUUAUAAAUUAAAUGAAACUCUUUCACGAACAUGUGCAUAUGAAAACCAUCACUGGCACGCAGGUCGGUAGAAAUGGUAAGAUAAAUUGGCAUUCCACAUGAGAAAGGUUUUCGACUCCUCGCGUAGCCUACUACCGGCAACUUCAGGAGAGUAACGGCAGAAUCUGCAAAAGCCAGAAGGAGCGGGGAGGAGAAUAGUUGGGUCAGGUUAUGUUUUUUUUUCUGCUGGUUAUCUAGAUCUCUGGCUCCCUCUUGAGGCAUCAAACCAUAAGCUUAAAGUGUCAGACAAGUUCAGUUGAUUUUAUUAAAACACAUUGGGUGUGUCUAUAUAUGGCAAAAUACACGUUUAAACAUUUUAAGCAAUCGAUUGGUCGAAAGAACAGAAGACUUUCGGUCAACUAAGAUUUUUUUUAGUCGGGGACAACCCUAAAACCAAUAGAAUAAUCUUAAAAUGAAUUCUAAAACUCACAGGCAGCCAGUGCAGAGACUUUAAAACCGGUGUAAUGUGUGCUCUCCGUCUGGUCUUGGUCAGUACCCGUGCUGCAGCAUUCUGUAUGUUUUGCAGUUGACCAAUGGCUUUCUUGGGUAGACCAGACAGGAGAGCAUUACAUUAGUCAAGCCUGUUUGUAAUAAAAGCACUCUCUGUAUUAGCCUGAGAUAGAAACGUCCACACCUUGGCAAUGUUCCUCAGGUGGUAAAAAAACUAUUUUGGUCACAUUCCUAUUUUGGUCACCUGGGUUUUUUACCUGGUGUUUUAUCUUUAUUGCCCGUGAAUUACAAUGCGUGGCCAGAUUCUCUCUCUGUACUUUGGCUCCAAUAAUAUGUACCUCAGUCUUGUCUUGAUUUAGCUGGAGGAAGUUGUGAGCCAUCCAAGUAUUUAAAUCACGUACAGUCUAAUAAUUUAUCUGUGGAGCUAAAAUCCUCUGGUGACACAGAAAUGUAAAGUUGUGUAUCGUCUGCGUAGCAGUGAAAAUCAAUGUUGUGCUUUCUGAUAACGCUGCCAAGGGGUAACAUAUAUAAACUGAACAAUACCGGACCCAAAAUGGAACCUUGUGGAAUGCCACAUGUGAUGUCUAUUUUCUCUUUUCUCUUAGGAGUUAUGUUCACCAAGGAUGACAAAAGGGUGACAGAAAAACUCUUGACCGGUUAAAUAGGUCCUAAACCAAUUUAGAACUGGACCAGAGAGGCCAGCCCACCUCUCCAGUCUGUCCAGAAGGACAUCAUGGUCAACCACCUCUCCAGUCUGUCCAGAAGGACAUCAUGGUCAACAGAGGUCAACCAUCUCUCCAGUCUGUCCAGAAGGACAUCAUGGUCAACAGAGGCCAACCACCUCUCCAGUCUGUCCAGAAGGACAUCAUGGUCAACAGAGGUCAACCCACCUCUCCAGUCUGUCCAGAAGGACAUCAUGGUCAACAGAGGUCAAACCCACCUCUCCAGUCUGUCCAGAAGGACAUCAUGGUCAACAGAGGCCAACCCACCUCUCCAGUCUGUCCAGAAGGACAUCAUGGUCAACAGAGGCCAACCCACCUCUCCAAGAGCACAAGGACAGAGAGCUGUUUGGCAUCUGUGUUUACCACUUUAACUAAGGCUGUCUCUGUUCUGUGGUCGGCACGAGAACCAGAUUGGAUUUUUUAUUUUUUAUAUACAGUUGGUACAGCUGUUUGAAUUUUGCUUAGAAGUGGAAGGUUGGAGAUUGGGUUAAGAGCUGAAGAAUCUAGAUGACUUUUCUUCAGAAGGGGUUUCACCACAGCAGUUCUUAGUGCAGUGGGGAAAGUGCCUGUGAACAGGGAGUGAUUAACAAUAGCUUGCACUUCUUCAGAUAUGCAAUUAAAAACUGUUUUGAAGAAGGUAGUGGGGAUAGGAUCGGGAAGGUGGUGGGGAUAGGAUCGAGAGAAAGCAGGUAGAAGGCUUAAGUUGUGAUGUCACUUUCUUGAGCAUGUCUGUGUCAACCAGGGAAAAUAAAUCCAUCGUGCCUUUGCGUGGUAGGCUAGGGCACAUAUCAUCAAACUUCUCACCAGGCCUUGCUUGACUGAUACCCAGCCUAAUGUUGGUUAUCUUAUCUCUGAAAUAUGCCUCAAACUCAUCACAUUUAGAUGUGGAGGAAAGUUCACAUAGGUUUGCGGGGGUAGGAUUUAUCAGGCCAUCAAUGGUCGAGAAGAGCACUGAUUAUUAGUGAUCAAGUUUAAAAAAUGAUCCUGUCUGGCAUUUCUAACUGCCUUGUUAUAUAUGCCAAGGAUCUCUCUCAGAAUAUCAUAAUGUACCUACAACUUUGACUUUCUCCACUUCCGCUCUGCCUUUCUGCAAUGUCUCUUUAAUUGAUUAGUUUCCUCACUCAUCCAAGGGGCUUUCCGUUUGGAUGUGGCCCAUCCAAGGGGCUUUUCGUUUGGAUGUGGCCCAUCCAAGGGGCUCUCCGUUUGGAUGUGGCCCUUUUCAGCUUUACUGGAGCUAUGGCAUCAAUGGUUGCACUUCAUUUGCUAUUAAAGUUAUCAACUACAUCAUCACAAGAGGAAGGCAGAAUAGGGUGAUGGAGUAUUGUUCAUACACUCAAUUAAAUCUGUAGCAACUUCAGAGGUAAGAUAGUGUUUCUUAAUAAUACGUUCAGUAUUACCCUGUGCUACAGUGCCUUGCAAAAGUAUUCAUCCCCCUUGGCCUUUUUCCUAUUUUGUUGCAUUACAACCUGUAAUUUAAAUUGAUUUUUAUAUGGAUUUCAUGUAAUGGACACACACAAAAUAGUCCAAAUUGGUGAAGUGAAAUGAAAAAAUAAUAAAUAACAGAAAAGUGGUGCAUGCAUAUGUAUUCACCCCCUUUGCUAUGAAGCCCCUAAAUAAGAUCUGGUGCAACCAAUUACCUUCAGAAGUCACAUAAUUAGAUAAAUAAAGUCCACCUGUGUGCAAUCUAAGUGUCACAUGAUCUGUCACAUGAUCUCAGUAUAUUUACACCUGUUCUGAAAGGCCCCAGAGUCUGCAACACCACUAAGCAAGGGGCACCACCAAGCAAGCGGCACCAUGAAGACCAAGGAGCUCUCCAAACAGGUCAGGGACAAAGUUGUGGAGAAGUACAGAUCAGGGUUGGGUUAUAAAAAAAUAUCAAAAACUUUGAACAUCCCACGGAGCACCAUUAAAUCCAUUAUUAAAAAAUGGAAAGAAUAUGGCACCACAACAAACCUUCCAAGAGAGGGCCACCCACCAAAACUCAGUCUUUGUCAGAGCUAACAAGCCACAACUGAACGACGUAUGUCAUUUUGUUUCUAAACUCAGUGAAAAAAACUGUAGACUAUUUUGUGCUUAACCUUCAGAAACAUUAACUUUAAGAAACUUAAACACUGGAAAAAAUGGUUCUGAAAAAUGUCAAGGUAGGAGAUCCUUCAUCACAGCCAGGGCUUCCCCCAGACUGACCGCCCGCUGGGUUUCUGGUGGACCCUCUGCCGAGCACUUUAGGCACUGUGAUGAGUUCUGUGCCCACUCUCUCCCACAGGCAUAGCACCCCCUUCUGGUUAUUGUGAUAAAAUUCAUAGUGCAGUUUCAAAAUUGAUAUAGCAAGGUAAACGAUCCUGGAUAAAAUGAACACAUUUACGAAGAGGGAAUGACAUAGGAGGACUAUCUAGGGGGGCUAGGCGAAAUGGGAAACAGGGGAACAUGGUUUCCGGGGGAGGAUGAGGGUGGAUGGAUGGGGACUGAGGCAGCAAUGGGUUGGGGUUAUCUUUUGUAUGCAUUUAUUUGAUUGUUUUUGUACCUGUAACCCCCGCCUUUGAAAAAAAAGACGGUCACAACCAAAAAUUGAGUUAGAACCUAUUAAACCUGCUCAGGAGGGAAUGGCAUCUCUUCCUCCUCAAAGGGAUUCUUGCAACCUUGUUACAGGCUUUGGUUUUUCCAUUUAUAUUCUGAUUGGUGUCACCUCGUUAGUCAGUCUGUAUUACACCUUGCUGGUUGGUCCUCUCGUUAGUGGGAAGGUGUUUCAACUGUGCUGGGCCAGGUGCUAUUUAAGAGCGGCUGGCCCAAUGCCCUACUGGUCUUGAGAGAUGUGGAGGGUUAACGCCGUUAGUUGGCGCACCCUGGUUGAGUUCUAGUCAAACAAUCCUGUAUCUGUUCUUUCCUGUUUUUGUUUUGCUCCACUUUUUGUUUUGCUUCCUGUCUUUCAGUUUGGUCUGGGGUUUUUUAAUUUUGUUUGCCUGUUCUUGGGCAAAUGUAGUGGGCGCUCAUGGUGGGGUCUUUUAGGUCCCAGUUGUUGUUGCUAGUCAACUUCCAGUGGACCCCCCAUGAGUGUCUUUCCAGAACCCCUCCUAAAACCCCACCUGUUUCGGUUGUUGGUCAGUGACUCUUUGUUAGUUCCCCUUUCUAUUUGAGUGACAAUUUUUGCUUUUCUUGCUGGUGAACGUACAACCUCAACACAAUGACCUAGUAAUAUAGAGGAAAGAUACACCAGAAUUGGAAUCAGAAUGACCAUAUUUCAGGUCUAGGAGUGCCCAGGGGGAAGGGUGUAGGGGCUAGGGGUCCAGAGUGAUACAUGCUGUCGUUACAGUCAGUGUCUCAUUAGAACCCUCUCAUGGGCUCCUCAGUGUCUCAUUAGAACCCUCUCAUUGGGCUCCUCAGUGACUCAUUAGAACCCUCUCAUGGGCUCCUCAGUGUCUCAUUAGAACCCUCUCAUUGGGCUCCUCAGUGUCUCAUUAGAACCCUCUCAUUGGGCUCCUCAGUGUCUCAUUAGAACCCUCUCAUUGGGCUCCUCAGUGUCUCAUUAGAACCCUCUCAUUGGGCUCCUCAGUGUCUCAUUAGAACCCUCUCAUUGGGCUCCUCAGUGUCUCAUUAGAACCCUCUCAUUGGGCUCCUCAGUGUCUCAUUAGAACCCUCUCAUUGGGCUCCUCAGUGUCUCAUUAGAACCCUCUCAUUGGGCUCCUCAGUGACUCAUUAGAACCCUCUCAUUGUUCCUAGGUGGAAUGCAUGACAUACACAACCAGGACCUUAGCAACCUUGUUGCAUUCCGCUCAGGCAAACCGAGAGUGACGACUGAGAGUGAGACAGACUAUUGUUGACGUCAUCACUCCUUAUCAGUGAGACUGGAUCAAAUCAAAUCAAAUUUUAUUUGCCACAUGCGCCGAAUACAACAGGUGUAGAGAUUACCGUGAAAUGCUUACUUACAGCCCUUAACCAACAAUACAUUAAUUUUUUUUUAGAAAAAAGUAAAAUAAAACAACAACAAAAAAGUGUUGAGAAAAAAAGAGCAGAAGUAAAAUAAAAUAACAGUAGGGAGGCUAUAUAUACAGGAGGGUACCGGUGCAGAGUCAAUGUGCGGGGGCACCGGCUAGUUGAGGUAGUUGAAGUAAUAUGUACAUGUGGGUAGAGUUAAAGUGUCUAUGCAUAAAUAAUUAAGAGUAGCAGCAGCGUAAAAAGGAUGGGGUGGGGGGGCAGUGCAAAUAGUCCGGGUAGCCAUGAUUAGCUGUUCAGGAGUCUUAUGGCUUGGGGGUAGAAGCUGUUGAGAAGUAUUUUGGAUCUCUGCUACCGCUUGCCAUGCGGUAGCAGAGAGAACAGUCUAUGACUAGGGUGGCUCAAGUUAAUUUUGAGGGCCUUCCUCUGACACCGCCUGGUAUAGAGGUCCUGGAAGCUUGGCCCCAGUGGUGUACUGGGCUGUACGCACUACCCUCUGUAGUGCCUUGCGGUCGGAGGCCGAGCAGUUGCCAUACCAGGCGAUGGUGCAGCAGUAUAACUUUUUGAGGAUCUGAGGACCCAUUCCAAAUCUUUUCAGUCUCCUGAGGGGGAAUAGGCUUUGUCGUGCCCUCUUCACGACUGUCUUGGUGUGUUUGGACCAUGAUAGUUUGUUGGUGAUGUGGACACCAAGGAACUUGAAGCUCUCAACCUGUUCCACUACAGCCCUGUCGAUGAGAAUGGGGGCGUGCUCAGUCCUCUUUUUUUUCCUGUAGUCCACAAUCAUCUCCUUUGUCUUGGUCACGUUGAGGGAGAGGUUGUUAUCCUGGCACCACACGGCCAGGUCUCUGACCUCCUCCCUAUAGGCUGUCUCAUCGUUGUCGGUGAUCAGGCCUACCACUGUUGUGUCGUCGGCAAACUUAACGAUGGUGUUGGAGUCGUGCCUGGCCAUGCAGUCAUGGGUGAACAGGGAGUACAGGAGGGGGCUGAGCAUGCACCCCUGAGGGGCCCCCGUGUUGAGGAUCAGCGUGGCAGACGUGUUGGGGAGACUGGAGACGUGAGAAACUCUGGGUUUUUAUUAACAUAUCUAUAGAUCCUGAACCCAGCCACACCUCCCACUGGGGUAAAACAAUAGAAAUACACUGAAGCAGACCCCAGGUUUGGGCUCAGACAGGUAUGGUUACUGUAUUCUAUUAUUUUCUCCUACUGACUGCUCCCCCUGGUGGCUGUGAGAGGAAGGAGCAGGCUGAAGGUGUCCUUGAACAGAUCGUUCUCUACUGUGGGGAAAAAACAUGAAAACUAAAACCACAGAUAGAACAAUGAGCCAGAUACUUCACCGGAUGUAUAAAUGUGAAGCAUCUGGUUGGUGUUUCCACUCACUACCAAAUAUGGUGAUGAGAGGAAGCCCAGUGACCGGCAGUGGGAGAAUUGUAUCAAUGAAACAUUUGAUCUCCAUAUAGUUUUCUGUUUCCAAAACGAGAAUCAAUAACUAACAGAGUGGGCUGCGUUUUUUAAACUUGAAAUGAGUUAUUGUACACUCGCACUUCACAUAGUAGGCGUUCCGUAACGGAAAUAUGCAAAUAAAUGCUAGAACACGCCAAUAGAAUCUCACUAGCUCGUGAUCGGCUCUGCCCACCUCCUUGCUUGUUCUGUCCUAACUAUGAUUCAUUUGCUCCCAUUUUAAACGACAAGCUUUGGUCUAUCUUGGGUUACUUCUAAAAAAAAAAAAUGUUUUGCUAAAACAACUACUGCAUGCAUACUGCAUCGCACAAAAUGGUUGUCAUUCAAGGGAUAUGACUCAAAAUGACAUCAUCUGCUGAUUUACCAGACUGACUCCCUCAUCAGCAGGGAAGGAAAUUAACACCAGCCACCAGCUGGUAGAGUUUGGCAUUGGCUGGUAGAAUGUCUAUUCUUACCAGGCACAUUGGCGGGUUGUCACUCAGUUCAAUCCAAAGCCCACAUGCAAAACACGUGCAUGCGUUGUCUAUGAUUUAUCUUCAUUAUUUUCGGAAGAAAAUGUGGGCAUCCACCAGCCAGCCUGCUGCUCAUCAGUUACCAUCUGUGAUAACUACGUUUCUGUCUUGAACCUGUGUAUGCUGUUUUUUUUCCCGUGA